UCUGUUGGCUGCCUUUUCAUCCUGGGUUCCUUCGCUCUCUCCCUUUUGCCCCGUUUGGUUUUUGGUCUUUGCCUCCUCUGUCCCGCCCGCACCCACCCUCUCCCCACCACCGCCCCGCCCACGGGUUCCGGGCAUCCCAGCCCAGGAUGUGAUUAUGAAGUUGAAAGGCGAGUUCCCUGGAAGCCCCGUCUCCAUACCUGGAACCGAGGCCACCCUUCUCUCCUGCGGACCCUGAAGCCGGGCACCCUGGGGGCCAUGCAGAAGGCCGGGGCUGGGGGCCGGAGAGCCUCCGACUGCGGCCCUGCCCCUCACCGGCCCAGGUGCAUCACCAAGUUUGCCCAGCAGUACGUGGGCUCCUUCCCCGUGGACGACCUGGACACCCAGGAGAGCGCGUGGCUGGUGCAGCAGCAGCUGUGGGCACUGAAGGACUGUCCCCGACGCCGGGCUGUCAUCCUGAAAUUCAGCCUUCAGGGCCUCAAGAUCUACAGCGGGGAGGGUGAGGUGCUCCUGAUGGCUCACGCCCUGAGGCGCAUACUCUACUCCACCUGGUGCCCAGCCGACUGCCAGUUCGCCUUCAUGGCCCGAAAUCCCCGGAGCCCGGCCAGCAAGCUCUUCUGCCACCUCUUUGUGGGCAGCCAGCCUGGAGAGGUCCAGAUCCUGCACCUGCUGCUCUGCCGCUCCUUCCAGCUCGCUCACCUCUGGCAGCACCCUGAGGAACGGGCACGGCCUGAGCCCUGCCCGGGACCCGUAGGGGACGUGCCCCUGAAGCCCCUGUCGGGCCCUGGGGGCACCCCUGGCCUAGUACGGGAACCCCUCGGCCGUGAUCAGCUCUCACAGCACGUUAACGCGCUGGUCUCCUUCGGGCGGCUGCCAGCAGGGGUGCCUGGGGGCAGUGGGAAGGAGCCGCCGGAGUCGGAAAGCCGCGGGGGCGCCCGCCACGCCCGCCUGGGGAACCCGUACUGCUCGCCCACGCUGGUGCGCAAGAAGGCCAUCCGCAGCAAGGUGAUCCGCUCCGGGGCCUACCGCGCCUGCACCUACGAGACGCAGCUGCAGCUGUCGGCUCGUGAGGCCUUUCCUGACGCGUGGGAGGCCUGGCCCCGGGGUCCUGGGGGCCCCUCAUGCCUGGUGGAGAGCGAGGGCAGCCUGACGGAGAACAUCUGGGCUUUUACUGGCAUAUCGAGGCCCAGUGCCCUCGCCCUGCUGCGGAGAGACGUGCUUGGGGCCUUCCUGCUGUGGCCUGAGCCAGGCACCAGUGGCCAGUGGUGCCUGUCGGUGAGGACACAGUGCGGCGUGGUGCCCCACCAGGUCUUCCGGAACCACCUAGGCCGCUACUGCGUGGAGCACCUGCCGGCUGAGUUCCCCAGCCUGGAGGCCCUGGUGGAGCAUCACGCUGGGACGGAGCGCAGCCUCUUCUGCUCCCUCGACAUGGGCCGCCUGAACCCCGGCUACGAGGAGCAGGACUGCGGGCCCGAGGGCAGGCUUCCCCGGACGCUCCGGCCCCUUGGCCAUGCCAAGUCCGAGGCAGAACUGCAGGGCCUGGGCUAGGACGCUGAGCCCCACGCCAAGAGGCCCCGCCUCACCCUGGUUCCUGGGCCUCAGCAGGCUGCUCUGCUCUGCCCUUCUGUCACCCCGCUGGGCACCAGUUCCAUCCAGUCACUGCCCUUUGGACCAGUCUUCCAUCACUACCCUGCCUGUGGGCGGAGCCCCGAGAGUGGGGAUCGCCAGCGGCUUCUCACACGGCCUGUCAGGAUUGCAGGAGGGGCAGGCAGAGCUCCCGGCUUCCGUGGACUUGCUGGGUGACUGGGUGCUUGUCUUCUCUGGGCUUCACCUUACUCCUAGGUGGGGAGCUUUCCAAGGUGGGCGGGAAGGUUCGCGCCAGCAGAGGUGGAGCCCUCUCCUAAGGAGGCCAGGCCUUGGGGCCCUGACUGGGCGUCUCCAGAGAGCUCCUGACCCAGGCAGCCAGACAUGUGAGGGAGAGGUAUCUGGGGAGGCAGGAGUGAGUUCUCACUUUGGGCGAAGGCAUGGGGACGAGCCACCCUCUCCGUGAGAGAAACAGGGAUGACGUGAUGGAGCUUGGAGGCUCCAUCCAGGCUGACGGAGCGAGGCCUGUUUCCCAUGUCCUUUGAGACUAAAGGAGUCUUCUCUUGAGUUCUGAAGAGUGGGGGUUAAGAGGGUGCAGAAACGGCAGGACGGACAAAGAGCCGUGCCACCCAAAGCCCACAUGCAGGUGGACGCCUGUGUGCAGAGAGGGAUGUGAAUGGGCCGACAGGGCAGAGAAUCUCAGUGAACCUUCAGACUAGGAAGGCUGGUUCUUCUCCACUCAAAUCCACGGGCUUGUGGUUCCUGCUUACUUGGAAGGGAUGUCCCAGUCUCAUCCCCGCCCACACACCCCUGCCCCCCCGCAGGCUCACUUUCUUUGGCCAUUUGACCGGGAGGGGCCAGCAGUGAGCUGCAGGCUUAGAGGGGUAACCAGGGUCCUGCUCCACUCAUCCUGCAGGCCAGACUGGGUUUGGUGGCUGCCUGGGAAGCCCCCCAAUGGUGGCAUUUCCCUUAAUGGGCAUCUGUCAGGGGCCACUUCACUAGGCCAGCCCCCUUGGGGAUGGGGGUCAGGGAGGAAUCAUCCAAAGAUAGAACUGAUGUGGGCCCUGCCAGAGGGUACUUGGCCUCAGCGGCAGUGGGGGUCCAUCCAGGGAAAUAACGCUAGUCUAAGGCAAUGGCCCUGCGGUGACUGACGACGGAUCUGGGUAUUCCCCUGUAUAAGUAAACUUGACAGACAGGCAUGAAUCUACCAGAUUAAGAUAGGGAGCAAGUUCACUUUGGAUGAACUUCUGUUCCUGAGGCAGAGGCCAAGUCAUGAGUCUGGGGGCUGCCCUCUCCCCCAUCUGGGGAGGAAAUGUGACCGCUCAGCGUCUUGAAAGUAACAGACUUCUGACUCCUGGAAGGAAGAGGGCAACCCCAACGGAAUAAAAAGAAGGGAGGAGCCUCAGAAGCUCAGGCCUGGUGUUCCCAGCUUACAACCUCCGGCUCAGCAAAUGGUCUUGGCUGGGGCCUAGUCACUCUUGUCACAAGGGAUAGGAGGAGGCUGUCCUUUGGGGGCUCUUUUCACUGGAACCACAGUACUGAUUUUAUACUGAAUGUGAGUGGGAACCCAGCCUCAUUUUACGGCCAUUACUACCAGAACCCAUCUCCUCCCUGGGCAAAGCCCUGGUCCCUCGUGGGAGGCCCCAGGCUCCCAUUUCCCUGGCAAGGAGAGGGGUUUGGUGACAUGGGGCCCAGGAUUACAGCCCUGGAGUCGCACACAUUUAAGAAGACCUGAUAACUGGUCUUAACCUCUGUAAGGGAUGGAUUUUGUUGCACAAGUUAUCUGUGUGGACAAGGUGUCAGGAAUGUUCCCAAAGUACUUUAACAUUCCUUCACACAGCAUUUAUGGAUCACACAGUACAAAGGUUUUUGACCCACAUAUGCAGACGCCUCAAUGUCUCAAUUAUAGACCACAGUUUUCUCUGUUCCAACCAGUGCCCCCUGGGUAGCCCAGCUCUCCUUACUGUGUGGACUUGAAAUAAAUAAAAUGCAUUU